CUAGCCUACACACGGGUAACAUCUACAGAUUCUACGUAGCUCAGAUAAAGACUUCUGCGUCGACAUGCUGUUGUUAAAGCAUGCAAUUUGUUGUUAAACUCGCUGUUUUGCUCAGCUGUCUUCCCUUACCUAGCGCCGGUGAGUUCCACACCCUGCAGUAUGUCUACACCGCUACAUCUGGAAUCUCAGACAUUCCAGAUUUUAUAAGUGUUGGGAUCUUGGAUGGUGUGGAAAUUAGUUACUAUGACCCCAGUCUAAAAAGGAACAUUCCCAAGCAGGACUGGAUGGGGCCACUGGAUCAGGAGUACUGGAAUUCAGAGACGGGAAUAUCUAAGAAUUAUGAGCAAAUCUUCAAGGUGGACCUCGACAUUUUAGGGAAACGCUUUAAUCAUACUAAAGGAGUGCAUGUUUUGCAGAAAAGAUAUGGCUGUGAAUGGGAUGAUGUCAGUGGAGCCACUGGUGGUCAUGAAGCGUUUGGUUAUGAUGGGGAAGACUUCCUCACACUAGACCUAAAGAGCAUGACAUGGAUUGCACCAGUGCAACAUGCUGUCCCAACCAAACAUCAGUGGGACGAAACAGAGCGUUAUAUAAACAGAUAUAUUUAUUUCAAGGAGACGUGUGCUGAUUGGGUGAAGAAAUAUGUUGCUUAUGGGAGCAGCACUCUGGGGAUGAAAGUCCCCCCACAGGUCUCUCUGUUCCAGAAGGACUCCUCAGCGGUGUGCCACGCUACAGGUUUCUACCCUGAGGGAGUGGUGAUCACCUGGAAGAGAGAUGGAGAAGAGAUGCAGGAGGAUGUGGAUGUGGGGGAGACGCUGCCCAAUAUGGAUGGAACCUUCCAGAAGAGAGCUGUGCUUACCGUGUCACCUGAGGAGUGGAAGAAGAACGAGUACACCUGUGAAGUGACACACAAGAGUGGAGAGCCCAUCAUCAAGAUCCUGAUUAUAGAAGAUGGCUAUCCCUUUGGACUCAUUAUUGCCUGUGUUGUUGGUGCUCUUGUUGUGAUUGGUGUGAUUGGGUUUGUCAUGAUGAAGAAGAAGAAGACAUAUUACAAGGCAGAUUACAAGGCAGAUGCGUCUAGUGAUUCGGAUUCCCACCACACGCCACGGAAUAGAGCAGACUGUUGAGCAUGAACAGUGAAGGAGUGAAAGAAGAUAAAGAAGAUUAUAUUUUUGUAUGUAUUUUCGGAUUUGUUUGUUAUUUUUUAUACAACAAUUGGGUUCUAUGAAGCUGUUUCUUUGUUUCUGAUUGGCCGAGAGACGUUCCAUGAGUUGAAAUAUCCCACGAUAAUCCACUCGGACUUUUCACAGCUAAUAAUAAAUCACUCUGCGAUACAAUGUCAAGUUGUGAAGUGUGAAACGAACUGUCACGUUGCAUCCAAGCUGAAAUACAGACGCUCACAACAUAGAAUAUGACGGAGGUGGACAUUAGCUAGUUGGAUGGCAUGUAGGCUAAGUAAAAUAGUGAUGUUUCAAAGCUAAAAGCAUGUCCUAACCAGACGCAAUGCGAGCUAACGUUUAUUAGGCUACAUUGCUUGACAACGGGAGAGAUAGAACUAACGACUGGCUUUUGGCCAUAGCAACCAUCCAUUUAGAACUAGUAACGGCAGUUUGUCCUGCAAGUAAUAGAAAUUUGUGGCGGAUUUCCGGCCUCGAGGCUACGGCCAAACAACACCCGUGGGAAUAUUCAGCAACAACCCACUCCCACUCGUGCUAUAUUAAACGAAUGGGUCGUUAUCUGGGUAGCAAUGCUUGGGCAUUAUUAUUCAUAGGCAGCCCAAACUUUGACGGGUGGAAGAGAGACAUGUUCUCAGUAUGAUCAAACCAAUUAAAGUUUGUACGGCAUUCUCAUUGAUUUUCUACAAUGCCCUAGAUCUGGGAAAAAGUGCAAAAGGGGUAUGCCUCCCCAGACCAUCACUGAGCCACCACCAAACCGGCCAUGCUGAAUGAUGUUCCAUGACCAGACCCUUUCAUGUCUGUCACAUGUGCUCAGAGUGAACCUGUUCUCAUCUGUGAAAUUAUGUCAGUUAUUAGCUGUUAGCUAAUUAGCUGGUUUGAAUUGCAUUGAGCUCAAUGAGAAUGAAACCAGCUGACAUUAAGCAUGCCAAACUCUUAGUAUGUGAAGGGUAUGGUGUUGAUGUGGGGUUAUUUUAAUUCCAAAGGCCAAGGAUUUUAUCAGGGUGCAUAGUGUCCUGGAUCCAUUAAAUAACUGGCCUUUAAAAAUAAAAAAUAAAAAUCCUCUAUGGGAAUUUAACAUGGGCGUUCCAAUACUUAUGACCCCUGUAUUUUAAGGAAUGCCUUGACCCCCAUAUGAACUUCAGUCACAUCUUAUUCUUAAGGGUUUGAUAUGAUGUUGGCCCACUCGUCCCAUUGGUCCAGUCAUACUGAGAACAUGUCUGUGUCCCACCCUACAAAAUUUGGGCUGGCUGAAAGUAACACUUUCCAAGAUGGUAAUGCCCAAACAUGGCUUCCAAGAUAACGCAUUUCUGUCACAAAAUGACGGGUGACAUAUCAGAAACAUUGGAAGUUAAGAUGCAUUCCCAAUGUGUUUAUUAUUUUACUAAUGUAUUUUAUGGUCAUUGAAAAGCAAUGAAGAUGCAUUGAAAAAGCCUAUUUUUGCAAAAAAAACAAAAAAAGAAAGAAAAAAAAGCCUGUUUUUAUAAUAAAAUGCUUGAUUAUAAUAAUAUUUAUUAUCAGUGUUUAAUAGAUUUUUAUUGUUCUGUUAUUAUUUGGGGUUUGAAGACCCCCUCACCUGUUGUCCCGUCUCCCCCUUGUCAUAGCUUCUCAUUGUGUGAAUCACUGUGAUGCAGGAUACUGGAACGUGAUUCCUAUAGGUGCCUCUUGAGAAGUUUGAGAAGGUGAAAAUUAACUAGUCUGCUAGAUUUCUCUAGCAAUUUUUUGCUAGAGAAUUUUUUUUUUUAUUAUUAUUAUUUUCACAUAUUUUUUUACUUAUUGUCUUGUCUUAAACGGAAAACUUUCGGAAGUGACUGCCUGAAUAAACAGUCAUGUAAGUAAACCACCAGUGCCUUUUUAAGUUCUUGAUGUCUCGUUUUAAAUGUC